GCUGCAUCUAAUUUAGAGAAAUUUGAGAAUAAAAAACACAUGCAUGAAUGAAUGAUGUAUGCUUAAGGGGAACAUUUAAUCAAACAGGUAACAAGCAAGCCCAGCGAGCGCAUCAGUUCCAUGGCCGAUGCUGCCCACUCCUCUGAGCCGAAGCAGCCCAAAUAAUAACCAACCAAGCAACGAAAUUAUAAACGGGGAAUUGAUGAAAUAGUAAUAGAUGCUUAGCAGGUUGUCAAGGCACUAUUUUUGCAGCAUUUCACCUCAGCCAUGGCUCUUUGUGGGCUUGGGGAAUCCUGGUGAUAAAUUCAAGGGAACACGACAUAAUGUAGGGUUUGAAAUGAUUGAUGCAUUUGCAGAGGCGGUAGGGAUUCCAAUGGACACAGUUCACUGCAAAGCUCUAUUUGGAAAAGGUUUUGUAAAUGGCGUCCCUGUUUUCCUUGCAAAGCCCCAAACAUACAUGAAUCUCAGUGGUGAAUCUAGUGGUCCACUUGCAGCGUAUUAUAAGCUUCCUCUCAAUCGUGUCAUUGUGUUUCAUGAUGACAUGAACUUGCCAUGUGGCGUACUUCGUCUUCAUCACAAUGGGGGCCAUGGAAGUCAUAAUGGGCUGAAGAGUGUAAUACAUAAUUUUCGUGGAAAUACGUUGUUUCCUAGAUUGAGAAUAGGCCUCCUGGUCAAAUGGAUCCAAAAGCAUUUUUGCUGCAAAAGUUUAAUGCGGCUGCUAGGGAACGGCACGAAAGGGAAAGGCGAAAAAGCUGACUUCACUUUUUGGGUUCACUAGAUUGAUGCUGCACUAAAGGAAGGGGCUUACGCAUUGGAACAAGUCUUGUCUAAAGGCCUCACAGAAACAGCAAGACGCUUCAACACAGAUCAGAAGUACAAGCAUAUAAGAUUGCAGACUAUGCCUACAUAACAAGUUCUUGUACCAAAAUCUUUUUCCCCAGUAGCAUGUGACUUUUAUUUCCCUUACAGUGUAUAGACAGUUUACUAGCUACAUCUGUAUCAGAAUUUAAGGUGACCAACAUUCUUUGGCAGCCUAUCCUCUAUAGACAUUUACCCCUCUUAAACUAUAUGUAUUUCAAUCCAAAAAUUACCGCUAGAAAUAUGAUAAAUAAAUAGAAGAGGCACCUGUUAAUUCUUUUUAAAGACAGUAGGUAUUG